AUGAUUACCAAAUGUUCCAUAAAACUGGCACAGGUACUCAGUGCACUAGUUGGGUGGAGUAAGAUAGAGCAGUGUACUAAUGGUGGCAAGUGCAAUGGCAAUAAGGGUAGUGAUGUCAAUUCCGGUCCACACGGUGGCAAUGAGUGCAAGUAUCUAGAGGAAGUACAGCCGGACAACAAGUGUCAGGACUGUGGCUGUAUGAAAUAUGUAGUGAUCCCGGGUACAGAUUGGGCACAACUGGGCAGGGGGUGUACUAAGUGUAUGGAUACUACUGGUAAUACGCAUAGGUGUAGCUGUGCUAGUGACUGUAGUAGUGGUCCUGCUGAGGAGUGUAAAUGCGCUUUAGCGGGCAAAUGCUGCAAGUGUUGUUGUACAAGUUGUAGUGGGUGUAAGAAUGAGUGUAGAUGUGAUAAUGGUAACUACAUUAUGCGAUAUGGAUCGACGUACACAAUGAAACUGACUCAUGCAUACCUCUGGACUGAGAUUGAAGCAUUGAAGGAGCCACCUACAUGGAAACAUCUGACUGAUAGCGAUGAAAUUGGUGCCACUAAGAUUGGGGACGGAUUGACCUCUUCCCAACGUCGACACCAAUGUGACCAAAUUCUUCUAGGGUCAGUAUGUCUCAUUUGGAGUGAAGUUACCUCUAUGCAUUGGACAGGAAAGUACGCCAAGGGUAGCCCAUACUGGAACAAUCACAUCCUGGACGGCAGUAGUCUAGAUGACGGUACCCUAUCCCAAUGGCUACAGGCCUUAGGGUUCCCUAGAGAUAUGCUUAAUAAUAGUGGACCACAGAAUAGACUAGAUCAGGUUAUAUGGGAUGGAUUUAUGGGACAACUGUUUCUAGGGUUUACCCACCCUACGGGUGUUAAUCCCGGCCAGAGUGACGGUACUACAGCAAAACAACCGUACCUUAUGAAUUACGCCGGUUUUGUACAUACUGCACAUAGGGAUUCAUUCAACACCGAUGCUGCUACUGUCUUUACGAAUGGCAAUGCCUCUCGUACUACUGGCCAAAUCAGUGAUACUAACCAGCACAAAAACGGUGCCAUUUUCAAGCUCUAUAUUCUAUCAUGUGCAUACUUUACUGGAUUGCAGAAGAAGACUACUCACAGUACUACCACUAAUAAUCCUAAGACCAUUCGGGAGAUCCUAUACUGGCUAAGUGCGUUGCCCUAUAGUCAGGCAUAUAAGCAGUUACUGGAGCAUGCCAAGGAAAGGCUACAAGAAGUACUCAAGAAACCCGAAGGCACUGACAAAGAGACACCAACACUUGCCUUUCUCCAACAAGGCCGUUCAGCUCCCAUUACAGUUGAUGAAUUCAACCUGUUUGCUCACUUCCAAGCAGUGACUCAGUACUGCCCACUGGUCCUCAUAAGUAUCCAGGGUGGAUUACACAGUACUAACAGUACUACUCCUGCCAUUCACGUCUUAUACGCCAACACGGAGUGUGGAUUCACCUACCCAGCAGUUGAUAUUCAAGCUUACAACCAGGUGGUACACUACAUCAGGGCUCUGUUCUACCAACUCUAUUUCCUUAGGAAGCAGUGUGCAGUGAAGGUCACUUGUGGAGGCAAAUGGCGUGAAUGUAGGUAUGGUAGUGGAGUGCUUGGUAAAGGUGUGGUUAGCUGGAUGUGCCUGGGGUGUAACCCCAUGGAACAUGAUAGGAAAUGGAGGGUGGGGAAGGUAAAGAAAGAGUUGGUGGGGAUAACGAAUGGAACAGGGAAGAAUGAUACACUAAUGAAGUCUCUAGUGAGCGUAUUGAAGGAUAUAGGUGAAUUAGUUGUACAAUUGGGUAAUGCCCAGGAGGUAUUGGAUAGGGGAAAGGAGGAUCUAACAGGAGUGAAGACGGCACUAAAUGGAGUAUUUUCAGGGGUGUAUGAGAAUGGGACAAGUGGGAAUAAUUUCAACAAGGUACUAAAGGAUGUACUAGGGAAAUUGGAGACGGAGAAGGUGGAGAAACUAGAGAAGGAGUCAGAUUCGGUUAAUGGACUAAAGGAUGCUGCUACGAAGGCUACGACGGCACUAACGGCGGCUGCUACGAAGUCUGGGAGUGGUAGUGGUACUGAUAUUGAUCAGGAUAAGAAUGCAGUGAGUGCUGGUAUCGAUGGGUUACAUAAGGUAUUGGAGGCAUUUAAACAGUGGGCAGAGCAAGAUGGAGAAGAUAUUAUAAAGCAAGCUAAAAGCGCACUGGAACAUCUAGGGAAAAUAACAGGCGUUGGAAAUGAAGUAAAUUUGCGUAAUGUUAAACUGGAAGCACAUUACUCGGCAUUCCUCAAAGCCAUUAACCAGCUCCUCUCCCUUUGCAGCUCUCCCAAGUGCCCUACAUGUAAAGAUCACGCCACCAAGUGCGGCCGACGGGGAGAACAGAGGACCUGUGAAAAAUGCCACCAACAGUACAUGGACGGCUUCCCCUCCCCCCUCCAGGCAUUCCUCGAGGAUAGGCUGCCAGGGUUUAGUUGCAUGGAGUGGACACUGAUAUACCACUUGGCACUGGGACUGCAGAAGUGGGUUGGGUGGCAAGAAGGGGAUACCUGUUGUCUUAAGGGGGAGAAGAAAAUAGGUGAUAGUAAAGGAAUUGGUAAAGGAUGUGAGCGAGGUGGUACUGCUACUCAAUGUUGUAAUAAAAGCGGUACUGAUUGCGCUACUCAUGAGUGUGAAACGUGUGGUAAAGGUGAGAGUAAAAAUGGUAUCAAUGGUGCCGGAAAAUGCUACCUCUCGGCCUAUUGCAAAAAGAAUACUUCUUAUAGUGGCAGUUCCACUACAAAUCUCUUCCUUUGGACCUCCAUAUCCAGUGAAUGCACUAAGGUCCACCUCCUGGCCCGGAUUUUCCUAGGAUCAGUAUGUCUCAUCUGGAGUGGACUCAGUCAGUUGGGAUUCCUAACAGGAAAGGGGAGUGGUGGCAAGGACAAUAGGUGGAAGAAUAGUAGUUUGCACAAGAUAGAUGGUACCGAUGCCGGUCUCGGCUCAUUCAUGGCGGCCAUGGGCUAUGACCUGGAUAGGUUGAAUCAGGGAGGUGUUCCAGGAGGUGAGUACUGCCUAGGGUAG